AUGCAAUCAGCUAUAGAGGAAUAUUAUGCAACAAAUUAUUCAAACUGUAAUCUAACAUACAAUUUUCUUGCUUGUUGGCAAUUAAUAGGCUAUACAUCUCAUGUUAUUCAACUUGUCGCAUUUCCAUUACAAAUUCUCGCUUUCUACGUUAUUCUUUACAAAACCCCUAUUGCCAUGAAGAUCUCUAAAACACCAUUGUUAAAUAAUCACUCUUUUUGUGUUAUAACGGAUUUCGUCUUAUGCACUCUUUGUACAAUAUAUGUAUUUUUCCCGAUGUAUGCAAUUUCCGGUAUUGGAGUACUUGCCUGGAUUGGAGUACCUACAUUAUUACAAAUUAUUAUCUUUGUUGUGGCAAUGUUCUGGAAGUGCCACUUUGUCAUACAUUUAUCUUUUUGAAAGCCGUGCCAGUUCACUACUAAACAAUAGAUUCCGAAUAACCAAUAAUAGAUCAAGAAUCGUUUACAACUGCGUAAUAUUUUUCACAUUGGUACUCUCACUUCCGUUUCUUUUUUAUUUUCGUUGGGAUCAAGACGCCGCGAAGCUAGACGCGCUGAAGAAUUAUUCAUGCCCAACUCGCGAGUUUUUC